AGUGCCUAGCACUCCGCUCCCCGGUGCUCCUGGACUAACCCAGCUGCUGUCAACAUGGGGAACAUAACCUGUGUUCCCCAGCCCCCUGGGAGAUUCAGACACUCCUUCAGCAGGAAACCUUCCCUGAAGAAAGAACAAGACAGCAAGAAAAAACUGGCCAGCCUCUUUGGUAUUGAGUCAGGGCAGGAGAGAGACAUGACCACAGACAAAAUACUGCAGUAUAUUCCUGGCAAGAAUAUCACGAACCAGGAAAAUCAAAAGGAAAACUUGGACCAGCGGUUUCCCAGCCUGUUCAAGAAAGGGCGGAGGAAGACGGUUGUAAGAAAUCUGGGGAAAAUUAUCUAUUACUCCAAGGUCAAAUUUAAAUUCCAGCACUGCCAGGAGGUGAACGACUGCUACUUGGAACUGUUCCAGUCCUACCUGUACUUUCAGUCUGUUGGCUCGAAUGGACUGACCUAUCAGGGGCUGCUGCCGCUGAAAGAGCUGAGCGUGUGUGAAACCGAAAAGGCAAAGAGCGCGGAGCGGGAGGAACAUGCGUUCCGCAUUACAGGUCCCCUGCUGAACCCCCUUAUCGUGUACUGCCCCAGCGAGUCAGAGCUCAAGCGAUGGCUUUAUCACCUGGAGAAACAGAUCCACCUGAAUGGGGGGAACCUGGACGGGUCCUUCCUAUCUCAGAGCGACUGGAAGCAGAACUCCAUAGGGAAAGAGGAACUGAGGUGGUCUGUGCAGAACACGCCUGUCCAAGAAUGGAGAGGGACCCAACGGGAGUCCCUAGGUGAUGUCCUCUGCGUCUCUAAAGUGAAGCUGCAGCAUUUGCCUUUCCAGGAGCAGCACGACAGGCUUUUGAUCCUGUACCCGUCCACGCUGGUGAUCGUCUCUGAAGAGCGCCAUGGCCUCUACUUUAAGGGAGAACUGCCACUGAAUGCAAUACAAGUUCAUUUUGAAGAAAACCAAAAAAGCUCCUUUCUAAUAGAAGGCCGACUAAUAAACUCAAUCCAGGUCAUUUGCCCCAGCUACGAAGAUUACCAGGAGUGGCUGUACUGCCUUAAAACAGCCCAGUUUCGAAAUGCUGACUCCUCCCUUUCGGGAUCAGAAAGCUUCUCGGGAUCAAAGCCACCUCACCUUGGGCAGUUCCCAGGCAGCGGGAGAGGCUCACUCACCUCCGAUGGCCGGACAAACUCCUGGACGUCACGAGGGAAACUUACCACCUCAACCCACCACUCCCAGCACAGUGGCUCCAUCCCUGACCAGCAAUCAUUUGUUCUGAUGCCUGAAGGCAGAGUGACCGAAGACCCGCUGUCCCCAGGCUAUGCCCAGCCUGUCCAUUGCCUGGCAAACCCCAGCCGGCCGAGUACCGGGAUCCCCAAACCAGAACUGAAGAGGGGCGGCAGCGCUCGCAAGUCCAAAGACAAAUGCAGACCUGCCCAGCAGCCGCAGCCCGGCAGCCAGGACUCAGAAAGGCCUGUGUUUAGCCUCAUUCCCGAAAACCCCAACAGGGAGCUGCUGUCGCCAGUGUACAACGAUCCCUACUCUCCACUGCGCUGCCCGCAGCACCCAGCGGCCCCCCCGCUGCAUCGGGACUCGAACCACCUGAAUCAUUGGAGCUUGGGGGAAAGUCAGACUCCGGCAGCUCCCAGCUCUCCGGAGAAACCAGCCCUGCCCCGCUCUCCCUUGUACGCUGACCCCUACACCCCGACCCCCACCCCUGGACGCAGGGUUGCAGACUCUGACUUCCUGGAAGAGUUCUUAAGACGUCAUGGUCAGACUGGCUCAGAGCAGCUGAACGGCUACGCAGAAAUCCCAGGGGCCCAUCAGCCUCCACCGCAGAAGAAGACCUCCCACCCGGUGUCCAGCAGUCGCGGCAGAGAGCCACCCGCAGCGCAGAGAUACAGCAUCCCUGGCACCUCGUGUCACUUCCCACAGGCAUCUCCCUCCGACGCUUCCUGUUUUACAAACAUCCCGUCCUUGAGGGAAGAAUUUCUGGGAUCCUCACUGCAGUCCUCAGAGGGAAGCGCUGGUGUUUACAACCUGCCUGGGAAUGGCCGCGUCAGGCACGACUCUGCAUAUCAUGACUACGCAGAACUCCAAAGCUUCCACAGCGACUUCAGUUACGACAACCUCUGGGAGGCUGAGGAGAAGGAGUCGGGCAUCCGGCAGGCCGUGCCCUUCUCCUGCCAGCAGUUUUAUCAUGUAUGAAGGCAGGAAGCCAAAGCAGUGCUCAUAAAAAGUCCCGGGCCUGCCCCACCCUGACCACUCUGCUUUCAGCCGUGCCUUUUAGCUGUGAAGCGUGUAAGGUGUGUAUAGAAUGAGCAGGGGCAAGGAUCCCUCCAGUGACGGGUCUCCUGUGUGUGCUGAGCUCUGGCUCCGGCAGGUUUUCAUCAUGUUGGAACUCUUCCACCAAAUCUUAAUACGAUGCCCACGAGCACGAACAAGACUCUACGAAUCCUAAUGAACAAUGAAGUACCUCCCUACCCCCCAACAUUCUGACAGUACUAGGGGGAUCUUGGACGCUAGGCACUCUAAAGAAACCCACUGUCCCGGCUAUGUAGGGAAGCCUAGCUCCUAAUCACGUUCCCUUCGGCUAACAGGACACUGUGUGUAUGGAAAGGUCGGUGACUCAGAGGGGAUAGAAGAGGAGACACCAGUCACUGGACGGGUUAGCGUGUGUGUUAAGUAUUAAAGAGCUCUGCAUCGGGAGACCUGGUCACUUUCCUUUUCAAUGGAGCUGCUUAGUCGGCGACAUCUGCGAUACCUUUAAACCUUGAGCUCUGUUGAUGAGCCAGACCUGUGAGCAUUCACGAUCACCUAACGUCUGCAGCGUGGGUAACAACUGCACUCGGCCCAUUGACUCGGUGCAAAAGGCAGAGCUGGCCAUGGAGGUAGGGUAGACAGAAAUCCUGACCUGAUCCACAGGCCCUGCUCCAGCUAACAGAGGAGGGUUAUGUAGGGUCCACCUCUGUCUCUGGACACCGCUCAAUCUUCCCUGCCAGUGAUGGCCCAGAGACUAUGGUGAUGGGUGCUAAUGAAAGAAUCUGCAUAGCUUGGCCAGCAUUGAGAAAGAGACGAAGAGGAAAUGUGUUACCUGUGACGUGCUCCAAAGGGCAUGUGUUUUCCAAAGAGUUCUCCAGGUGAGGAUACCCCUGGAUCCCUCCAUGAGACUUUUUCUCUCUCUCCCAUUCAGACCUCUCCAAGUUUACUGAACUCAAUCUAAACUCUGCCUCUUGUAUGUCUGGGCAGCGGGGGUGGGCAGGAAAUCAUCAUUAAGCAAAACUCCUGCACGAUCCUCCGAAUGCUCCAAUAAUCUAAGGAAUGCCGGUGUCCUGAGUUCCCCUCCUGCACAAAACCCAUCAUUCCUGGGGGGACAAUGUCUGAACUUUAUCAUUUUCCAGCCGCUUCAGACGGAUCCUUCGGCACAUACAGGGUGAACAGCAAGCCAAGGUGCUUUACCCUAGGCUCCGAAUUCUACCCUGCAUUCCCCAAGCAAUCUGUAGAACAAAGCGUAUUAAGGAGAUCUCUUUCUUUCACUGGCGGAAGUGAAAGAAGCCACUAGACUGUUGUACUUGAAAAUUUUUUAGAAGGUAAUGAGCAAAGUUUACACGUAGGUUUUGAGUGGAAUAUUUGUAUUUAAUAUGUAAAUGUGGGUGAGUUAAAAACUUAUUUAAUUUCGUAGCUAUGGACUAUGAACAAUACUGUGAGACUACCAGCUGCCGACACAUCUGUGCUGUGUGGGAUGGUUGGGUCUUCUAGCUGUUUUUGUUUUGUUUCAGGUUUAACUUUCCUAUUGGGAGGGUUUAUAUAUAAUAACUUAACACUGAGAGGAGCUAUUUAUUAUGAACAGAAUUGCACUGGGGAAUGUCAGAGGCACAUAGUUUUCUGGGAUGCAGCUGGGCUCCCUGAAUGUUGCUGUGUUCACUGAAACCAAAGACCUUUUUCAAGAUCUAGAUUUUUAUAUAUAUAACAGCAGAGAUUGCAGUGUAUCAAAAUAAUUUACUGUAAAGUACUCCGGUCAAUUUCUGCAAGACUGUACAAUUCUAAUAAUAAUACACCCACCUGGCUUCAGAA